UGUAGUUUUAAUCUAAUACGUUUAUCUAUGUAUAGUAUAUGUACGCAUAAUAAAGUUAUCUCCCUUGGAUGCAGACGCUCUUUCUGGACAUCUGCCAAGGUUUAUUAGAUCUAUGUGUGCUGGGUAUAACCUGUAAUGGCGAGUGGGCAGGGAAGUAAUGCUCGAAUUGUUUUACAGCAAUGUUUAUCCGCUCGUUUACAAGUACAGCCUGCCACUGAGGACACUGAAGCAAAAUAUGUUGAGACUGGAAAAGGACUUGUCAUGUAUGUGUGUUUUCUGAAAGGAGCCACAGCUGAUAUCCUUGAUAAAAUGGUGAAGUGUGCGCUGUCGGCCCAGUUAAGUGAGUCUGCUGCAGGGAAACGUGUUUCUAUAUUAGACCUCCCUGGGAACAUCCUCAUCAUUCCACAGGCAACACUUGGUGGAGCACUGAAGGGCAAGAGAAUGCAGUAUCACAAAAACAUUGAUAAAGAGGAAGGCGCAUCCUUGUACGCAGACUUCGUAUCUCUGUGUCGAACUACCUUACAGGAGGCUGAAAGUUCCAGAGAAGCUGGAUGUGUUGUCCAAGCCGGUACCUAUGGGAACAGACAGGUCUUUUCAUGUGAUACCAAUGGGCCAUACACACAUUUACUGGAGUUUUGACAAUCAUUGCCUGACAGGUUUAAGAUUUACAGAAACCUUGUUGGUCUUUUUUAUGGAAAGUAAAUAAACUGUUGAAUAAGA